GGGGUAGGGGGAUGGGAGAUCCAUGGGGGAAGGGAGCUGAGUACUCACUCUGUUGUCACUGGCUAGAGAGAGAGGGAGAGAGAGAGAGAAAAGGAGGGAGGGAGAAAGAGUGGAUUUUUUUGUCCCAUAUGUGGAAAAAAAGCAUAGCAGUGUACACACGAGUCUGCUCUGCUCCAGGGACUAUUGCAGCGCUCUCAGAUCUGAUGGAGGACAUGCAGGCAUGAAUAGGGCUGUUCUGUCGUCAGUGCGGGUUCAUGCUAGUGAUGGACUACAGCUGGACGGACGCUAACCUCAGCUGCCUUUCACAAAACAGCAUUCCGUCUUACUGAGACCAGCUCCACAGAAUGCUGAGUCCUAUUGUCCCCUAUAGCUUUUUAAAGAUGCACUGGAACCCAGAGCAUGCCCAGCCUCUCAGCCAGUGGCCUGAGCAGCACCUGGACGUCUCCUCCACCACCUCCCCUCCGGCCCACAAGUCGGAGUUGUACUCAGCUCGCGGCCGCAGCGGCUACAACCACGCCUGGGCCAAUGAUGACAUCUCUGCUCUCACAGCCUCCAACCUGUUGAAGCGCUAUGCCGAAAAGUAUUCUGGCGUGCUGGACACCCCAUAUGACCGGCCCCCUACCGUGGGCACCUACCCAGAGCCGGGGCCCUUUGGGGGGCUCAAUGCCCCAAAGACUGAGCUGGACCCCUGGCCACUGACUCACAGCAAUGAUGCCUCUUAUUCCCUGGUGCCCCCUGGAGGCCAUGACAGCCUAUCAGGUCCAAAGGCCAUCGCCACAUCCGCAGGCCCCCCAGGGGUUGGUAGUGUUUCGGUGGUGAACAGUAACCUCUCAGACUCAGGCUACAGUGGCAGCAGCUCCUGCAGUGGCUCCAGCGAGUACCCCUCUAGUUACAAUGGCACCUAUCUGUCCUCCGGGUACUGUCCCCAACCCGGUGCAGCACUUCCCCCUCCCUCCCUCCACACCCUCCAAUCCACCCCGACCCUGGUGCCCAGCUACAGCCCCACCACGUCCGUCUAUAACUACCCCCCCAACACGUACCCCCCUCAGAACAGCCUCGCCCCAAGCUACAGCCACUCGUCUGCAACUUACCUUCCGUCGGGUCUACCAGCCCCUACCGCAGUUCCCUCUCGGCCCACAGUCGUAGGAGGCAGCUAUAGCUACCAGAUCACCAGCCUCGGGGCAUCUGAGUCUGAAGGGACAUUAAAAAGAAAAGCAUUUGAAAUGAGCAUAGAGGAGGAUGAGAGCGCGGACGGGCCUCGUUACAGGAAAUACAGCUAUGACCCCUUGAAGGCUGGCGAAAACUCACCCUACAGUGUGAAUGACAAAACAGAGUGCCGGGGUAACGGCUUUAGCAGUUCAGGCAGCACUGACCCGCAUACUUUCAAGGCCAGUAAGCCCUCCUCUCAGCCCCUGGUGUCACCUCAAUAUGGGGCAGCUGUGGAGUACAGCCCUCCCGCCGGCAUGACGGGGGAAAGUGGCGCUGCGGAGCAGGGCUUCAUCCAACAGCAACAGCAGCAUCGCUCUCAGGGCCACAAACGGCCUUUAUUGUGCGCUCCAACUGUUGAGAGUAUGAAGAGCCCAGACCCCCGACUGCUGGACCUCGUCAAUGGGGAGUUACUGGACUGCAGCCCAGCAUUGGGCUGGGGCGAGCUGGCCGGGCUCACCCAUGUCAAGGCUGACCUGGAGGAGGACCUGCUGUGGCCCGUGUUGAGGCCGAGUCCGGCGAUGCGGCCACCGAGAACCGUCCUGCUCUUUGGCCCCCGGGGGGGAGGUAAGACGACGCUGACUCGUUCCUUGGCCUCACAGCUGGGGGCUUCCUUCUACCGGUUGAGUGGAGCCAUGCUUGCCUCUAAAGGCAAGGCCGAGGCGGAGCACAUUCUGGGCUCUCUUUUGCAGGUGGCGGGGGCACGGCAGCCGUCGGUAGUGCUUCUGAGCCAGGUGGAGGCCAUGGAAGAGGAGGGGCUGAGGCAGACACUGCUGACCGGCGUCCUGGAGAAAGCCCAGGCGGGGACCACAGGCUUGGUGAUUCUUGUAUGUGCCACCGGAAGGCCCGAUCUGCUGCAAGAGUCAGUUCAUCGGAGCUUUGCCAAACGAUAUCACGUUGGGCUGCCGGAUGCGGGCAUGCGCAGGCAGGUGCUGCUGCAAGCGCUGCCCCCGCGGGGCUGCACCCUUAGCGAGAGGGAGCUGAGUGCUGUGCUGCAGCGCACAGAAGGCUUCUCCGUGUGGGAGAUGCUGCAGCUCUGCCAGCAGGCACUCUCCUCGGCGUCCCCCCCCCCUGGAGCCAUGCACGGGCACCCCUCAUCCUCCAAGCCCCCAGCCUUCACAGACUUUGAGAACGCCUUCUGCAAGGUGCGCCCACACACCACCACAAAAGAACUGGACACUUGUAUAGAGUGGAGCAAGAUGUAUAACCACUGAGAAAGCAGCAGGUCACUGUACUUGGACUCUUUGUCUUUACUCUGACGUUGAAAGCCACGGGGAGGUUUUCUUGUUGAUCUGUAAUUACAGAUUAUGCAGCCAAACGAGCCGGAGAUGCUCAUCGAUAAGGAAGCGCUGAUUAAGUAGUUUUACUUGCAGAAGCAUGUGUGCGUUUUUUUUUUUUUUUAUCAAUAUCUACAUUACUUUUUUUCCAAAGAAAAGGAAGAGGAAUAGGCCUUAUUGAGUGGGAUAGAGGAAAAGUCUUUUGGCCAAUGCAAAAAUCAGUUUAUACUCUAUUUGGAUGCUCUCAGAGAUCCUGAUUAGCCUUGGUCCGGGACAAAAUUAAUUAUUUGUUUUUAGGUGACGUGGUCCAAGAUUUUGGAUAAUCAGGGUUUGGAAAAGCCCUCCUUUGACUGCUAUUCUCAGGAUCCUAUUUAUUGCCAGUCCUUUUCCUUGUUAUCUUAUCCUGAUUUAUUCAUUGGAUUAUCACUUAUUAUUCAAUAUGAAGGGCUUCGACAUCAGACUGAAAUAUUUUAGUAAACCAAAAAUAUACCAAACCAAAUGCAUAAGCAGUACUGCUGUAAUGUGAAAAUGGACUAGUUCACAAAAUCAGAAUAAAUCUUUCUCAAAUCUGAACAUGCUGCUGUCCCUCCCAGGAGUUGAGUUAAAAGUAUCAAUUGACAUUUUUGGAAAUUCUCAUAUACACACAUCUUUAUUCAAGGCACCAAUAGUUCUAUAUUUCACUGGCACCAUAACUUGCAUAUGUUCUUAAUCUCACAUUCCUUAUCAUCCGUAAUUUACCUGAGAAUCUCACUUAAACAGAGCAAAAUGUGUCUGCUUUCUCUUUCACUUACUCCUUUUUGUUUUGUUAGUAUCUAGUCUUGUUUGAAAUGCUCAGGAAGAAUUUCUUUACCUCAGAAAUAUAAAAUAAAGAAUGUAUGUAAUCUGAGGGUCUUAGUAGAGAGUGGCGUGAAGCAAGAGAAAGGCUCGAGGAGAAACCCGACAGUCUUGUAAUGCCCACUUCCGCCGGGCUUUUACCUCGGGAGAGAAACUUGAAUAUGCUACAAAGAGUAACAUUGAAUGUAAUUCAGGUAUUUCAAAGGAUAUUUGAUGCCAUAAAUCUGUGUAUUAUUAUAUAUGAAUAUAUAAACAUGUUUUCUUUUCCAUUCAUUUUUAUUGUAGUUUAUGGUGGAGUGAUGAUUGUCUUCAUGUAGAAUACAGAACAAUAUUCCUUUUUUUGUUGGACAAACUGUUCACUGCCAAUCCCCGUAUUGUUUAGUGUUUACAUGUCUUGCAUGCAGGUUUGCUGUUAAUAGUUUUACGGCUCCCAAAUACCAUUUUAUAAAUGUAAAUACAAGGCACACAAUCAUAAAAGUGGACAUCAUGAGCACAAUAACAAAACAUACAACAUCAGCCAAAAGAUUGUGUCCGUAUGUACCUUUCAGCAAAUCCCAAAGUCUCUGGAUUCCCGCUUUAUGUGGACAUAUUGUGGAGGAGCACAGCGUGUAGAAAAUGCAGACAAAUCGUUCCUUUCUCACCAGUGGUACACUUCUGUUUUAACCGGCUGGAAAACGCUGGUCACUGGAAUGCUGGUAGAGAGGUCAUUUGUGUUGGACUGGUGCUAUGGUCCUGAGGAGGUAUACACGGAGUGAUGUAAUAUUUCCCUCUGCGCUUUCCUCCCUCCCUCAUUAUUUUUCUCCCUCCCCAGUGCAAUCUCAUUAGAUUGGAUUGCCCCCUGGCCACGAGCCCCAGUGGCCAUGUGGCGUCGCGUCCUCUCCCCAUCCCCCGUCUCCCUCCUCUUCUCCUACACCCGGUCCUCUGGAGUGGAAGUGGUCUGAUUGAUGUCCAGCAACCGUAUAUCACAGGGCAGCGUUCCCUCUCCAGCUGGUGGCUUCAGUCAUGCCAUACAGCCAGAUCAAUUAGAGUGACCCCCGCUGUGCAUACUGAUCAGUCUCAGAAAGUGAAAACACAUUUACAACUUGCAGAACAACCCCUGCCUCAAGUGGCGUGGUUGAGAUAAUGCUAGCGAUUAUUCACAUGUAAUUAAAUAAUAAUGAUGACUCAAAGGUACAAGUAGCAGAAACGUUGAUGUUUGUUAUGCCCACUCCUCCAGACAGUUUGUCCAAUGAAACAAGCUUUUACGUUUGACAUGUUUUUGGUUAUUGUUCAUUUUCUGUAACCAUUUCUACCUCAUUUUUGCGGCAUAUUGUACAUGAAAGUAUUUAUUUCAUGUCUUUUUAUGUCUGUUUUAAACAUGAUAAUAAUGUUCUUUAACUGUAAUGGUCUACCUCAGAAAAGACUGUAUUUUAAGAGAAGAGUAUCACACAAUAUUAAACAGAAUUUG